GCAGGUGAGGUGGACCUGAGAAUAGGGCUGAGGUUGUUGCACCUGGUGCCUGGGAGCUGUGCUGCCAUGGAGCCCCAGCCAGCCAAAGCCGCCGGCGCUGCACGGCUCUCCAGCCUGCUCGCCCAGGGCCGGCGGGGCCGGCACCCGCCCACGCUGCACAUGGUGCUCGAAGCGCUGCAGGCGCAGGGCGGGCAGAAGGGCACCUCGGUCGUCGCCAUCAAGCGCUUCAUCCUGGCCAAGUACCCCGCGGUGGACCCCGUGCGCCUUAAGUAUCUGCUGAAGCGGGCGCUGGCGACCGGGCUGAGCCGCGGGUUCCUGGUGCGGCCCCACAACUCCUCUGCCCUGGGGGCCACGGGGCGCUUCAAGGUGAGCGGGGCUGCUGGACGCGGGGCUGGGACUGGGACCGGGUGCUCCCACGCCUUGCCCAUCCCUCGCCCCCAGCUCGCUCCUAAGAAGCUGCAGCAGAAGCAGAAGCCGAGCCAGGAGGAUCCCGGGGAGGGACCAGCCCCGAAGCUGGGACUCAGAGCGGCUGCCAAGGCUGCCCGAGCCCCUGCGGUGGUGCAGAACGAUAGAGGGCAAGGCGCUGCCAAGGAGAAGCCAAAAGCAGUGAAGAAGCAGCCAAGGGCAAAGCCUGCAGAUGCCCAGCCAGCAGUGGUGGUGAAGCCCAGGAAGGAUGGAGUGAAGGCCCCCCGGGCCCCUGCCAAAGGGCGGUCGGGGCCCCCUGCAGUUCCGGCUGCCAAGGGUGUGCGAGGGGACAGUGGUGACCGCUCUGCAGGUGCUGGUGUGAAGAGACCCCAAAAGACCCCAGCAGCUAAGAGCAAAGGGAAGGUGCCUGAGGAGGCCCAGGAAGCUGCCUCGAACAAGGGAGGUAAAGGCAGGGCAAGGAAGCCUCAGGCAGCCCUGGGUGCCAGCCAGAGGGAGGAGGCCAGAGCACAGGAGGCAGCCCCUGGCAGGAAGGUGUCAUAGGGGCCCCAGGACUUUGACAGCACAGCACCAUCCCUCAGCCAACCUUGGGCUUUGGGGUAGGAGGUGGUUUUAUUUCCCAGGUGUUAACUCCCUGUUCAUCCACUACUAAUAAAGGUUGUCUGAGUCAUGGAAUAGCACAACUCCUGCCCUGCAUGCCUGUCUCCCAAGGCCAACAUCCUCCAGCCCUGGGUGAAUCCAGAGUCCAGCCUUGCCCCGUGUAGGAUGGGAUGGCAUGCAGACUUAUGGAGCGCUGGUGAGCUGUUGGCUUCUGUGAAGGGCCCUCCAGCAGUGCGGGGGUGGCUCUGAAGGACUACAUGCAGGCUGGUGGUGAGCCCCAGUGCCAGGUGAUGCCCAUGCAGAGGGCUCUGGGCUGUGGUGAGACUCGAUAUGGUGACAAUCCCUGGGCCCUGGGAAGCUCAGGUUUGACCAGUCCUGCUAGAGUGGGGCUGUGACUCCCAUUGCCUUGGUGUGGGGUAUGUGUCUGGCCCCAUGCCCUCCCAGCUGCCCUUGUGCUAAUGCCUGGCUGAGCUCAGAUUACAGCAGUGCCAGGGCAGCAGAGAUGGAUGCAUUUGUGGUCCGCAGUGGUAGCUGGUGCUGCCUAAGCUCCACCUACAUUAAAGAGGAAGACUGAAGUGCUUUAGGGCUUAAAAAGGAGCUUGGGGUGUUUGCAGCGGAGUGUAGGAUUCUUAUGCUCUUGUUAUCUGUCUGUGCACAGUACCCACCCCCAAACCUGUCUUGCUAGCUUCUGUUGGCCAAUGUAUGAAAGCUUUCAUAUGAUAGUUUCAAAUG